UUAACCUCUUUCUCACCUUCCAGUCGAGUACUCAUAGUACCGCUCACACCUGCGUUUCGCCACGAGUCGAGGAAAGGCUCGCUUUCGAUGUUUACGGGGAGAAAUCUCUGCCCGAGACCGGUCGCGCCAGUCUCGCGGCCCGCGCCGUCCUCGCACCACGCAUACCGCCGCGGCCAACCUUUCCCGAACUUCCCCCCCUAUUCCCGGUAGUGCAGUGUUUUGUUUGUGAGUGAACCAGGAUUUUUAAAGUGUGUUUUUGCUCGGAUGUGGCGGUGAUGGCUAUGUGUGCGCGCGCAGCGCUGUUGUGCGCGCUGGUCCUCGCCAGCGCGCACGCCUACACCGUCGACUGCAACCGCGAGUACACGGACUGCGACUCUGAAUUAAGUAAACUAGUAGGAGAAGAAGAUGAUAUAGCGGCAGCACCUCAAACCGAAACAACGGUAGAAAUGAUAGAACGUCUCACCGAACCACCCUCCCACACAUCAACCGCAACUACAGCGCCCCCCACGAGAUCAACAGCUCCUCCCACACCAGAAACAGAAAGAGAAACAGAAACAGAAACCACCAAGGAAGAUGAUACGACUACGAUCGAAUCACCCAGUCUGAAACCAAAAGGAAGACUACUAAAUUUAAACUUAGAUGAACUAAAGAAUUUCGCCCUCACACUACAUAACAGUACUAAGGUUACUGAUAUUAGCGAUGUAACUUUGGAUGGCGAUGAAGAAUUUGAUCCCUCAAAACUAGAAGUUCUUAAGUCUCUUAAAGAUCUGCCUGAUAAGUUUUACUCAAAUCUGCAGGCACCGUUCCAUCCUGCGAUUUUGACGGAUCAUUCUGAUGAAGGGAAGGAGGAAGGAGAGACAAUGUGCAUUGAAAAUGGAAUCAUUUACAAGGUAGGACACCACGUGGAUCAUUCGUGUGAAGAGACCUGUGAGUGCAUGCCAAACGGCAAAUUCAAUUGCUCCCCGCGCUGCAAACAUCCAUACAUCCGCCGGGGCCGGACCUUGAACGAUCCGCUGUGCUUCGAGUCACCUGUCGACGAGUGCUGCAGUAUCAUAGCGUGCGCCACUGGGAACGGAGACACGAAGGUGACCAAGCUGGAGGUGUGCAAGUACGGCAACGACACGUACCUCGUGGACAACACGUGGAACGUGGGCUGCGAGCAACGCUGCACGUGUGAAAAGAACUCGAUCAUCGUCUGCAAGCCGAGGUGUGCCCCUCUACCCCCAUCGGACAAAUGUAUCAACGUGCAAGAUCCCAAAGACGCCUGUUGUGAGGUGCAAAUCUGCGACGUUUCGCAAGAUGUGCACGAAGACCAAACUGACAACGUCACUAAUUCCACGACCACUGCCGAGACACCAAACCUCACAGAGGAACCUCCGACCUCUACCACCAUGCGUCCAUUAGUGCUGACCGAACCUAUUGGCUCCAUCACGGUCCUGCAGAACAACAGCGUCCAAGUGGCCCUAAUGCACUCCAACAGCAGCGAAGACCCCAUCCAUCUCCUCAUCAGCAAUGAUGGAGGAACCACCUUCAAAGACGUAGAACUUAAAUAUGAUAACCUCAUCCUUAACCUUCACGGUGGAAAAGACUACAUUCUGAAGACGAAAGAGACGGGAACUAAGUUUAAUUUCACGAUAACUUCGAUGGAUAUGGUCGAGAAAGAGCCGCCUGAAGAAUUGGUUGAGGUUAAUGAGAUGAUCGGGUGCCAUCAGAAUGGCAAGUUUUAUGAAGUUGGCGAAGAAUUCCACAUCGGGUGCUCCGAGCUGUGCGAGUGCACGGGCGACGAGACCCGCGAGUGCGCGGGUCUGGAGUGCCCGUCGCACGUGGGGCUGGAGCUGAUGUCGAAGGGCUGCGUGCGCUGGGCGCCCAGCCCGCCGCCGGCGCCGCCCAACUGCUGCCCGCGCGCCGCGCGCUGCCUCAGCGACGGCACAUGCCAUUAUAACGGAGUUCCCAUCCCGAACUGGACCGACGUGCCUAUCAACCUCACGGGCUGCUCGCAGCGAUGCUUCUGCGAGAACGGAGAGCUAGACUGCCAGGAGGUGUGCUCCCCCCUCCCGCCGCUGCCCCCGCAGAACAUGCGCUGCCCGCCUGGACACCACCCCGGGGCCGUCAACAUCUCCAUCGACGACUGCUGCCAGCAGUGGGGCUGCGUACCGCACGGUCAAACCCCGUCAUCAGAAAUGCAGAGCACCACACAGACACAUAUACCAAAAGCGCCGUUCCUGCCAACGGUGCCACCGGAUUCCUCGAUCCACUUCCCGGAUGAGGAUGAUGGACAGAACCAUAUAAUACAGCAGCGUCCUGUCAACCCGCUGGUGAACGGGUUACCACCAGGUCUCAUACCCUCCGGAAUACCUGGAAUCACAGUACCGCCGAACAACGAAAACAAGAAACUGACGGUGAUCAACCUGGUGUCGGAUUCGCCGACCAGCGUAAAGAUGCUGUUUGCCCUGCCUCCUGUACUCGUUGGGUUGCGCGGAAGUGUCGACCUGAGAUAUACUGACAAAGCUGACGAAGAUAUCGCACACUGGUACUCCCAAGUGUUCGCGCCAGCGGACGAGGUCCUCACCACGUCUCGCCUGGAGUUCCGCCUCACCGGCCUGAAGCCGGCCACCGUGUACAAGAUGAGAGGGAAACUGUACCUGCACAACUUGCCCGUCGAGCCGGAGAGCGAGAUAUACAGCAUCCGCACGCUGGAUCCCCUGCCUACGGUGGCACCGGUAGAAGUGAAGAGGAGAGUGAUCGACAGCAGAAUGGCGGUCCAGCAACUCAAUGACUCCGUGGCUCACAUCACCUGGAAACGGUUCCCCGAAGCAGAUUUACCGUUUAUUGACGCCAUACAAGUUCGCUACCGACCCGUUGGCAACCCGAUCUACAGCAUGACGGAGCUGCUCCACCACAGUCGGGACUCCGUGUUCCUACAGGAGCUACGCCCUGGGAGCAGAUACGAGGCCUCUCUAGUACUGGUGCCGCCACCUGGUGCCACCACUGAGCUGCACGACCCCGCUGUGCUCGAGUUCACGACCGCGCCUUAUAUCGACCCAUACAACUGGUCAGUGCAGCUGGAAGCCCGCUCGGUAGGGUCUGAGGCGGCGGAGCUGACAUGGCGCGGCGUGCCCGCGCCGGCCGAGCGCUGGGUGCGCGUGUACCGCGCGGCGCACGCGUGCGGCGGCGGCCGCCGCGAGCACGACGCGUUCCGGCUCGCCGUGCGCGACCAGGCGCCCGUCAUCACGCUCACUGGCCUGGAGUCUGACACAAGGUGUCGUGUGUGGCUUGAGCUGUUCCUUACAAAUGGAAAAGUGAAGACCAGUAACGUGCUAGAAAUUAACACAAAGUCGCUAGACUCGCCUGAGCCAAUCGACAAUGUCAUCGAAGCCUCAUCAGUGGGUGGCGCCAUGGCGCCGCGGGGAGAUUACUACGGAGCUCUAGUGGUAGUGGGCGUGGUGGCCGCUCUGGGCGCGCUCACGUCACUGUUGCUUCUGCUGGUGGUUGUCCGUCGACAUCGCCCGCGCUCUGUACCUAUUACUCCUGUACCUACCGCUCCAAGGGAGUCGUCGCUUCCACCGUACGACAACCCCGCGUACAAACUAGAGUUACAGCAAGAAACUAUGGAUCUCUGACAAUUAAGCUCCCGUGGGCACACGAACGGCCUGAACGGGAUCUCAGAGCGCGGCGUGGACGUGCCAAACGGCCGGCAUUACAACGAAAUGGGCGUUUAAAGGGCCGGCUACGAAACAAGUGUCAAGACAUUGUAGGAAGAAAUUGAAUGCCAGUAAACAGAAGCUGUGCUAGAUGCACACUUGCAAGAAAUUUUAUAUAGGAGACUACUUCUAACUGUACCUCGAAGAUGAAAAACAAUCUGUCAGAAAGUUGGCCAGUAGUUUUUGACGUAGUACUCGUAUGGUUGGACUUAUCGCGUGAUUGUGACAAUAUAAAACGUGCGUCUUUUACUAUAGGUACAUACCUAUACAGUAGUCCGAAAGUGACGUAUGUUAUUGCUUGAAAUAAUUUCGCCAUAAGAGCGACCAUAAGAUCGUCAGCAGCUUUUAUUCUUCGGAUUUUUUAGUACAAUGUCUUAUUUGUGGACGUAAAAUGCCGUCAAGCCUGCUCAAUGGAUGGACUGAUUACCAAUUAUUUUGCUACUAAGCUGCUUCGCGUAGCUGUAUUUAGCAAGUAUUAGCACUCCAUCUCUUUCUUUUGACUUAAAAACAAGAGAUAUAUGAUAUUUGUCAAGUUAAGUGAAGCAUAAAAGGAAAUACCGAUAUAUAUUGUGAGCGAUAUAUAUUCUAAGAGAUAGUCGAGAAUGGAUCCUAAUUAAAGAAGUAGUGGACUGUUACAGAUUACUUCUAUAGCAGUGAGUGAAAGUGACUAUGAUCAAGUGCAAAGUGUUAGCCAAAACUAAUAGUGUUAUAGUGUAAGAUAUAUAGAUAUUGUUUACGUGUAGGUAACUAUUACUUUAUUAGGAGUCAAAAUAACAGGAUUGUACCUACCUACAUAUUUGUAAUGAAAUAUUUUACUUUGUACCUAUACACUACGACAUAUUCUUUGAACAAAUCGAUAUCGUUGUUAACUUUAAUUACUCUAUUUCGAAAUCAGUUUAGUUACAGUCAAUUUAGGAUAUGGAAAAAGUAUAACUGGUCAAAAUAUGGUUCGAAAAUGGGAAAAAUAUUUUUAAUACUAUCUUCAGAUGUGGCUGUUCCAAUCUAGUAAUUAAAGUUAAAUUAUAUUAUAGUCUGGAUAAAUUAUAAAGUGCGUAAUUGCCGUAAAGUACUGCAAUUCAAGUGCAUUGUGAUCAAAAACACCGUAUACUUACGGCAGCAGUUCUAUUGCCGUAUCUCCCAUACAUUUUUCCCGCAGUAUUUCGAUUUUUUUUUAGUGACACGGCAAUAUUUUUAAGAUUUUCUCUUUAAGCACGGCAAUUUAAGACUGUUCAGGGCAACCCCAACAAAUAAUAAGGUAUCCGGAAAAAUUGGAAAUCGCUUUAAAUCAUGUGUAUAUUACAAGAUUGAGGACAUCGUCAAAAACAGGGUGUCAUACUUGACUCAUUUUGUUUUUGUAAAGUAUAUACUCGUAUUGUUAUAGUUAUACCUAACUACCCUCAUAGAGAUUAUUUUAAAACGUGCUUUAUAAUCAGUGAAUACAGAUAGUGCAUAAUUAUUUUUCAUCGUAUUUUCACGGAAACUUACGAACGUGUCUUGCUAUUUCAUUCAGUCUCGGUACAUAAAGUACUGAGGUUGACUGAAGUAACAUGACAAAUACGAACGUUUCCGAGAAAAUACGAUGGAAAACAAUUAUAUGCAGCAUCUGUACUUGUUUAAUUACAACAUAUCAGUUCAAUUGACAUAUUCGCUUGAAGUAUUUAUUAUUUAAUGUUUAAAGACUAUAAGUAUAUUAAAGCAUAGAUUUUUUAAUGAAAAAUAGAACCAAACACAUAUUUUUAAAUCUUGUAAAUCUUAUUUCAUCGAAUAAAUGUAACAUAUAUUAAUAAACCUAUAGGUCCUCUUUAUGAUAAUUUAAACCAUGUUAAUUUUUUUUUUUUUCAUUUUUGCAUUAUUCAAACUUUCUUAGCUAAAAUAAGUCGUGGUAAUUUUUCUUACAUUUAAUACAGCGUGGUAAUUUUAAACACUGCUUUUUGAGAUUAAAAAUGUACAUAAUGUUGCCAUGUUUUCGUAGUUAUCUUAGCGUAUUUAUAAAAUGUAAUCAGAGUUUGGACAACGAAUUUUUUAAGUAAAAUUGAUGGAUUACGCAAGUGCCUUUUGAAUCGACCAACAUUUUGAUAAAUUGAAAUUUGUAUAUAGUGUUAAUAAGUUAAGUAAUAUUAAGUGUAACGUACGCUGUGGUACUGAUAUUAUGUAUUUGUAUAGUUUAAACUAAUGAAGGUUUAUAAUGAAAUACUGCCGCAAAUCGUUAAACUUAUUAUAAUAUAGCUUUACAGGUUA